AGCUCCGCGUCAAUGUCAUAUGAGCAAUAGAAUAGGCACUAUUGAGCAUUGCUCUCAGAUGGAAAGAACGCACAGCUAUAGUAACGGCUCAUAUAUGCAUCUCUUUUGCGCGCACGCCGUGCCGCAGACAGCGUCUUGGUUACAUCAAGUGAUGUGCAGUUUAUUUGCGGCGGCAGUGCCUGCAAGUUCCGUGUGAAGCUUUUUUUAUGUUCGAUCCAAAGCGCAGGACUGUUUGGUUAGCUGCCUGUGCGUGUAGUUGUCGUGUGUGUGCCUCUGGCCUGUGCCAGUGUAUGUGUUUGUGUGUGUAAUGUGUAAAGUGUAACACAAAGUCUUCAUCGACUUGCGUUUGUCAAGUUUUUUCGUCCAACUGCCGGCCAUUGCGAAAUCAUUGUACAGCCUUUGGCUACCCAACUAAAUGUCCGGUUGCCACAUUUGUGCCAUGCGGACGGCGUGUCACAUCCGACAAAUGCGUAUUGUUGUUCAUCUUGUGUAAUAUAAUUAUGGCCGAGCGGUCGUUACAAAAGUAUCAAAAAUUGGAUAUAGUGACGGUUGGAAGCAGCUCAGGAAGCAGUGCUAGCAGGGCAUCAACAGGACUCCUUAGGCGGGGGGCACUUGGGUCGAAAGGGAGCCCAUCGCUUAGCUGAUAGAAUGGGUGGCCCGAAAAAAGAGGAAAACCCACCAGGUGGUGGUCCGACGUCAUUGUUUAUCCUAACCGAGGAUAACCCAAUUAGAAAGUACACACGAUUCAUCAUUGAAUGGCCGCCCUUUGAGUACGCUGUGUUAUUGACAAUCAUAGCCAACUGUGUUGUGUUGGCAUUAGAAGAGCAUUUGCCAGAGGGCGACAAGACAGUAUUGGCUCAAAAAUUGGAAAAAACGGAGGCCUAUUUUUUAUGCAUUUUCUGUGUAGAAGCAUCGCUCAAGAUCCUUGCCUUAGGGCUUGUUCUGCAUAAACACUCCUAUCUCAGGAAUAUUUGGAACAUCAUGGAUUUUUUCGUUGUAGUGACGGGAUAUCUAGGUUUACAAGUAGUUUUAAAAUCUAUAAUCAAGGCGAUGGCACCUUUACUGCAAAUCGGACUCUUGGUGUUGUUUGCAAUCGUAAUAUUUGCAAUCAUUGGACUCGAGUUUUAUUCGGGCGCACUGCAUAAGACUUGUUAUAGCUUAGAAGAUCCAAACAAACUAGUGAAGGAAGGUGAAUCGGAGACACCCUGCAACACAGAUAACACCACAGAGAAAGCAGGUGGUUCCUAUGUGUGUAAUAUUACGACGAGCAUGUGUCUGGAGAAGUGGGAUGGACCAAAUUCAGGCAUAACAAGCUUUGAUAAUAUUGGCUUCGCCAUGUUGACGGUAUUCCAGUGUAUUACAAUGGAGGGCUGGACGGCAAUACUAUAUUGGACCAACGACGCAUUAGGUUCAUCAUUUAAUUGGAUAUAUUUCGUGCCUCUUAUAGUUAUAGGCUCAUUUUUUAUGCUCAACUUAGUUCUUGGUGUCUUGAGUGGAGAGUUUUCAAACGAGAGAAACCGCGUCGAGCGCCGCAUGGAAUUUCAGAAAUGCCGUUUUCGCGCCAUGUUUCAAACAGCAAUGGUCUCAUAUCUUGAUUGGAUAACGCAAGCAGAGGAAGUUAUAUUAGCCGAAGAACGAACAACAGAGGAGGAGAAAAUGCAUAUUAUGGAAGCCCGCAGGCGAAAUGCAGCUAAACGGAAAAAGCUGAAAAGCUUAGGAAAGUCAAAGUCGACAGACACUGAAGAAGAAGAAGCCGAGGAGGAUUACGGCGAUGAUGGUUAUCUGAAAACUCGUUCGAAACCCCAAGGCAGCUGUACAGGAUUUUGGCGAGCCGAGAAAAGGUUCCGUUUCUGGAUACGGCACACAGUGAAGACGCAGUGGUUCUAUUGGUUCGUGAUAGUGCUCGUCUUUCUCAACACUGUUUGCGUCGCUGUCGAGCACUAUGGACAGCCGACAUUCCUCACGGAGUUUCUGUACUAUGCGGAAUUCAUCUUCCUGGGGCUGUUCAUGUCGGAAAUGUUUAUCAAGAUGUAUGCGCUGGGUCCACGCAUUUACUUCGAGUCGUCGUUCAAUCGUUUUGAUUGUGUCGUCAUUAGUGGUUCGAUAUUCGAGGUGAUCUGGUCUGAAGUUAAGGGCGGCUCGUUCGGUCUGUCUGUGUUGCGUGCCCUCCGGCUGCUGCGCAUCUUCAAAGUGACCAAAUACUGGUCCUCCCUACGUAAUCUAGUUAUAUCAUUGCUGAAUUCGAUGAGAUCCAUCAUCUCACUGUUGUUCCUGCUCUUCUUGUUCAUACUGAUAUUUGCACUGCUUGGCAUGCAACUGUUCGGUGGGCAGUUCAAUUUGCCAGGAGGCACGCCCGAAACAAACUUUAACACAUUUCCCAUAGCACUCUUAACAGUGUUCCAAAUCCUAACCGGCGAAGAUUGGAAUGAAGUUAUGUAUCAGGGUAUUAUAUCGCAAGGUGGUGCAAAGAAAGGAAUGAUUUACUCUAUAUACUUUAUCGUUUUGGUACUCUUCGGUAAUUAUACGCUUUUAAAUGUGUUCUUGGCUAUCGCCGUCGAUAAUUUGGCGAAUGCUCAAGAACUGACAGCAGCCGAAGAGGAACAAGUCGAAGAAGAUAAAGAGAAACAGCUCCAAGAACUAGAAAAAGAAAUGGAAGCCCUCCAAGGCGACGGCGUCCACCUGGAGAACGGCGAUGGUACCGUGGCCACCAGCAAGGGCAAAGGCAAAAAGAAGGAGGAAGAGAAGAAGGAGGAGGAGGAAGUUACGGAAGGGCCAAAGCCAAUGUUGCCAUACUCUUCGAUGUUCAUACUAUCACCAACAAAUCCCAUACGACGUGGCGCCCAUUGGGUGGUUAAUUUACCAUAUUUUGAUUUCUUCAUAAUGGUCGUCAUAUCAAUGUCAUCAAUAGCAUUAGCAGCCGAAGAUCCCGUUCGUGAGAACUCGAGGCGAAAUAAGAUCUUAAAUUACUUUGAUUAUGCAUUUACCGGCGUAUUCACGAUAGAAAUGUUGCUGAAAAUUGUAGACUUGGGUGUCAUCCUACAUCCUGGCAGCUAUUUAAGAGAAUUCUGGAAUAUUAUGGAUGCUGUGGUCGUUAUAUGCGCUGCUGUUAGUUUCGGUUUCGAUAUGAGCGGUAGCAGCGCUGGACAAAAUUUGUCCACUAUCAAAUCGCUUCGGGUGCUGCGCGUCCUGCGUCCAUUGAAGACUAUUAAACGUGUUCCCAAAUUGAAAGCCGUCUUCGAUUGCGUCGUGAACUCAUUAAAAAAUGUUGUUAACAUUCUAAUCGUGUACAUAUUGUUUCAAUUUAUAUUUUCUGUUAUUGGUGUACAAUUGUUCAAUGGAAAGUUUUUUUAUUGUACGGAUGAGAGUAAACAUACUUCCGAAGAGUGCCAGGGUUCGUAUUUCAAAUACGAGGAAGACGAACUGCUGCCCAAACAGGAGAUGCGCGUGUGGAAGCCACGCAGCUUCCACUACGACAAUGUCGCCGCUGCCAUGCUGACGCUGUUCGCCGUGCAGACCGGCGAGGGAUGGCCACAGGUCUUGCAACACUCAAUGGCUGCCACUUAUGAAGAUAGGGGUCCAAUCCAAAAUUUCCGGAUCGAAAUGUCCAUCUUUUAUAUAGUAUAUUUUAUUGUAUUUCCAUUCUUCUUCGUCAACAUAUUCGUCGCCUUGAUUAUCAUAACAUUUCAAGAGCAAGGCGAAGCUGAAUUGCAAGAUGGUGAAAUUGACAAAAAUCAGAAAUCGUGCAUUGAUUUUACGAUCGGAGCUCGGCCACUUGAGCGAUAUAUGCCCAAAAAUCGAAAUACCUUCAAGUAUAAAGUGUGGCGCAUUGUUGUCUCUACACCAUUCGAAUACUUUAUAAUGAUGCUGAUUGUGUUCAAUACGCUGUUGUUAAUGAUGAAGUAUCAUAAUCAAAGCGAGAUGUACGAAAAGUCACUAAAGUACAUCAACAUGGGAUUCACAGGCAUGUUCAGUGUUGAAACUGUUCUAAAAAUAAUUGGAUUCGGUUUCAAGAACUUUUUCAAGGAUCCAUGGAACAUUUUUGAUCUAAUUACGGUAUUGGGCAGCAUUGUGGAUGCUCUCUGGAUGGAAUUCGGGCACGAUUCGAACUCAAUCAACGUUGGCUUCCUGCGUUUGUUUCGUGCGGCGCGUCUUAUCAAAUUGCUUCGACAAGGAUAUACAAUACGAAUUCUCCUGUGGACCUUUGUACAAUCAUUUAAAGCACUUCCAUAUGUUUGUUUGCUUAUUGCAAUGCUAUUUUUUAUAUACGCCAUUAUUGGCAUGCAGGUAUUCGGCAACAUAAAAUAUGAUCCGGACACCCAACUGAAUCGUCACAAUAACUUCCAAUCGUUCUCUGGAGGAAUCAUGCUGCUCUUUCGAUGUGCAACGGGCGAGGCGUGGCCAAACAUAAUGCUGGCCUGCCUGAAGGGAAAGGCCUGCGACGAUGAUGCCGAGAAGGGUGCCGGAGAGUACUGUGGCUCGACAUUGGCUUACGCCUAUUUCGUAUCGUUUAUAUUCUUUUGUUCAUUUCUAAUGUUGAAUCUGUUCGUGGCCGUCAUCAUGGAUAAUUUUGAUUAUCUAACGAGGGACUCCAGUAUAUUGGGUGCUCAUCACUUAGACGAAUUUGUGCGCAUAUGGGCGGAAUAUGAUCCAAAUGCGACUGGUAGAAUACAUUAUACGGAAAUGUAUGACAUGCUGAAAAAUAUGGAUCCGCCCUUGGGCUUCGGUAAUAAGUGUCCCAACCGGCUAGCCUACAAGAAACUAAUACGUAUGAAUAUGCCAUUGGACGAUGAAUUGAGAGUCCAAUUCACGACGACGCUGUUCGCUCUGAUUCGGGAGAAUCUUAGCAUUAAGAUGCGAGCGCCUGAGGAAAUGGACCAGGCGGACCUAGAGCUCAGGGAAACCAUCACGAACAUCUGGCCAUUGCAGGCAAAGAAAAUGCUGAAUCUGCUGGUUCCGCCCAUCGAUCAGUUGAACAAGGGCAAACUCUCAGUUGGUAAAAUCUAUGCAGGUUUUCUCAUAUUGGAGUCCUGGAGAAACACAAGAUUCGGCCAGAUUGAUUCAGGCAUGCCGCGGAAGAAGCCCGAAGAUGAUGAUGAUCGUAAAUAUAGCCCAACGGCCGUCGAGGAGCCGAUGCUGGAUCUGCAAGACUCGUCGAGACAUCCAUCGCAGGAGUCGCUGACCGGUCCCGAUGCUGGCCAUUUACAUCCUGGACAUUCGUAUAUCAAUGGCCAUCGGCAUUCGCCUAGCUCGAGACACAACGGUUCUCCUUUGGCCAGAUCGCCAAGUCCAAGACGACGCGGCCAUCAAUACAUACAUCAUGAUAUCGGAUUCUCCGAUACCGUAUCUAAUGUUGUAGAGAUGGUCAAGGAGACUCGGCAUCCUAGGCAUGGCAACAAUCAUCCACGGUAUCCAAGAGGUUCAUGGUCAGCAUCGACAAGUCCGGCCCGUUCGCCCUCGCCUUCUCGUUAUGGUGGUCAUUUGUCUCGCAGUAAACGCACUCAACUGCCUUAUCCCACAUAUGGGACAACAAGUUUAUGUCAAAGAUCACGAUCGCCGAGUCCCGCUCGACUUCAGGAGAUGCGUGAACGAGACAGACUUGGUUAUGGGAUUGAUAUGGGUGGCGCCCAUGUACAGCACAGCUACCCAACGUUGGCCUCUCGUCGUGCUGGCAUCGGACGACGCCUACCACCGACUCCGAGCAAACCGUCAACCCUUCAGCUAAAGCCAACCAAUAUUAAUUUUCCAAAGCUGAAUGCGAGUCCAACCCACACGCAUCACUCAACACCCCACAGUGUUCACUCGCUGCCGCAUCACCGCGACCUCUUGCGGGAUCCGAGAGACGUGUAUUAUAGUAGUAGAGAGCGAGAACGUGAUCGGGAACGUUUCAGAGACCGGGAUCGGCUGCACGAGUACGACGUGCGCUACGAGUAUCGGGACCGGGAACGAGAGUUGUACGAGCGUGAACGGGAACGCGAGCGCGAAGUGGAAAGAGAAAGACUGGAAUAUAUAGCACCGUUGUCAUUUGAGCAAGCGCUGGCUAUGGGCCGAACGGGUCGUGUACUGCCAUCUCCAGUUCUAAAUGGUUUUAAGCCAAAGAGCGGACUUAAUACUCGACACUCCGAUUCGGAUGAGGAGGAUUGGUGCUAGCAAAGGCUUUGAUUGCGAUCGCGUAAUCCGAACGAACAGAUCUGGGUAUAGCAUCAGGCCAAUUGGUCAUCGUUAUCAGCACCAAACUUAGAUCACAAUUUUGAUACGAUACGAAACGAAUGUAUUCGAUAUACAGCAGCAGCUCCAGCAGGUAGCACAUCAGCAUAUGCUUUAAACCCAAAUCGACAGCCGCAAUCGCAACAAUUCUCAACACAUCAACAACAGCAACAGCAACAAGAACAAGAACAAAAUCAACUACAACCAGACACAUGCUACGAGUACUCGCCUAGCGAUGCUUCACUGUUAACAAUGCCAGUUCCAAUGGCACUGUCCUUGCCCGGAACACGAACAACAUCGCCUCUAUCGGAUAUACUAGUAAGCAGGAAUCUAAGAUCAGCAGCAGCAGCAGCAGCAACAACUACAGCAA